AUGCGUUCCCUUGGUGCUAUGGGAAAUUUAUCUUUGGAGAAACUAGGAGAUGAUCCUUCCCUUCAGACUUCUGCCAUAACUCUUAUUACUUCCGCCAAAGAGGCAUUUCACGAGGGCUUUGUACUUCAUGAUUGUCUGGUCCAUUUUUAUCCAACCAUGACUGAUUCGAUUGCCAUUAAUGUUGGGGAUGACUUAUCCAACCACGCCUCAGAAACUCCUAGCAACACAACUCCCGUUCAAUUUGAUGCUUUUAUGACCUCUAUUAUGGCUCCCUCUACUGUGCUUCUUUCCAAGAUGCAAAGCGGUGCCACUCAACUUUCAUUUCACCAUAAGCUUUUUGGAUAUAGGGCUACGUUUAGCAUAUGA